GCAUCCCAGUGGAGUCCAAGGUGAACAUCUUCAUUAACAGCUUUGGAUCCAUUCAGGAAACAACCAUGGACUACAGAGUGAAUAUAUUUCUUCGUCAGCGAUGGAAUGACCCUCGUCUACGACUUCCCACUGACUUUAAGAGUGACGCACUAACUGUUGAUCCCAACAUGUUCCAGUGUUUGUGGAAACCAGAUCUUUUCUUUGCCAAUGAAAAAAACGCAAACUUUCAUGAUGUUACACAGGACAACAUUCUGCUCUUCAUCUUCAGGAACGGAGAUGUCUUGAUCAGCAUGAGGAAUUCUCAGACCCAUUUCUACGUCGAGCUGGCCACGCAGACUCCCCCUGACAUUUUGGUGGUCCGCGCCGGAGGGAACAAUCUGAGGCUCAUGUCUCUGUGGGAUCAUGCCGCCGCCAUUAAGGAAGACCUGGUGCACCUCCACAAUGCGUUCCCCUCCAUGGCCAUCGUUUUUUCCUCCAACGAACUUGGCUACACCACCAGUGAUCUUGUGUUCAUGUGGCAGUCUGACCCAGUUCAAAUGGAUGAGAUUGCUCUCCCACAGUUUGACAUCAAACAAGAGGACAUAAAAUAUGGAAACUGCACAAAAUACUACCAAGGAACAGGAUACUACACCUGUGUUGAGGUGAUUUUCACAUUACGAAGGCAGGUUGGUUUCUACAUGAUGGGAGUUUAUGCUCCAACUCUGCUGAUUGUAGUUUUGUCCUGGCUAUCAUUCUGGAUCAAUCCUGAUGCCUCAGCUGCAAGAGUGCCAUUGGGUAUUUUAUCAGUACUCUCUCUGUCCAGUGAGAGUAUGUCCUUGGCCUCAGAGCUACCAAAGGUUUCCUACGUAAAGGCCAUUGAUAUCUGGCUCAUUGCUUGUCUGCUUUUUGGGUUUUCAUCUUUGGUAGAAUAUGCCGUGGUGCAGGUGAUACUGAACAGUCCUAAACUAAUCGAGGAGGAGAAAGCCAAAAUGGCCACAAAGGAAAAAGCUUUGAAAGAGAAAGAAGGAAAAAAGACUUCAAAUAAAACUAACAACACAGUCAAUGGGACAGGUGGAACACCCAUGCAUGUCAACACUCUGCAGGUGGUCGAAACACGAAAGAAAGUUUGCACCUCCAAGUCAGACCUUCGCUCCAAUGACUUCAGCAUCGUGGGAUCGUUACCUCGAGACUUUGAACUUUCCAACUUUGACUGUUAUGGUAAACCAGUCGAAGUUACAGGGGCCCUCAAGUCCCAAAACAAAGCCAACAAGAAACCCCCACCACCCAAACCUGUCAUACCUGCUGCUGCUAAACGCAUUGAUCUAUAUGCAAGAGCCCUCUUCCCCUUUUCCUUUCUUUUCUUCAAUGUUGUCUACUGGUCGGUCUAUCUGUAA